AUGAGUGAUCCAAAGGCCGCGAAAGCUGCUGUAAAGGCCCUUCGACAAUCGAACAAUGAAUGGAGCAACAAGUACUUUGCCAUUGCUAUGGGGGCUAUCAUGGUUCUUUUCGUCACACACCACUGGGCUGAAGUGAUGGAAAUUCGAAAUUUUCCACGUCAAAAAAGUCCCUUGGUCCGCAACAUCCGAUCUAUUCGACGAUUCUUCUCCCGCUCAUUUAAGGGGCUUCACAUUGGCCGAUCUGUCCUAUACACCAUAUACUGGGCUGUCAACCUGAUUCUCGCUUUGACCGAUGUCGAUCUCACAAAUCUUAACUAUAUUGCUAAACGCUUCGGCUGGAUCGCGGUAGCCAAUUUGGUGCUCCUAGUUUUCCUGGCUUUGAAAAAUACGCCACUUGCGCCGUUGACUGCCAAUUCCUAUGAGAAAUUACGACCCCUUCAUAAGGUGGCCGGCUACACCUGUAUAUUUACCAGCUGCUUGCAUGGUAUUGUAUAUUUGGCGGCCUGGUCAGAGUCUGGUGAACUGGAUUCCAUGCAAGAGGUAAAAAACUUCGCAGGUGCCAUUGCAGGUCUAGCCAUGGUCAUAAUUGGCCUUUCGACUAUCACCUACUUUAUGCGAGGAUUCUACGAACUUUUCUAUAUGUUCCAUAUCAUCCUUUUUAUUUUGAUCGUGAUCACAGUCGGGAUGCACCGUCCAAAAUUUUCGAGUUCAACUCUGAUUAUUGUUAUAUUUACGGCCUGUCUUUGGAUCAUGGAUCGCUUGAUCCGUACCGCUAAGAUUUGCUGGAACUUUUUCGGUAACUCCGCAUCUGUCACUGCAUUGGCCGACAAUGCUAUUCGGGUACGACUGAAUCGACGCAUCAAUUGCAAGCCAGGCUCUCAUGCAUUCCUAUGGGUCCCUGCCAUCCGCUGGGUCGAAAGCCAUCCGUUUACUCUAGUUUCAUCAAACCCGUCUGAGUUCGUGAUUCGGGUAUAUGACGGCUUUACCCGUGAUCUUUAUAAAGCGGCUCAGAGAUCACCGGGUAGAGUUCUGCGCUGCUCGGUAGAUGGCCCUUACGGUCAAGUCCCCAAUUUUCGACGGUUUGAGAAAGUAAUUUUAGUUGCAGGUGGCAGUGGGGCUAGUUUCACUUUUGCGAUCGCGCUGGACCUGGUUGAGAAGUUGGACACAGUUGUUAAGACUAUUGAUUUCAUUUGGGCUGUAAGACAACAAGAUAACCUGUCGUGGUACUCACAAGAGCUCGAACGGCUCCAGAGCCACCCCAAUGUGAACUUGUUCAUUUAUGUCACCCGUCAAAGUGUAAGCCCGAACAUUUCUGCUCUCGACCAACAGGAAGUAUCGGAGAAAUCUCCAAUUGAAACAACAGGCGCUCCCAUAGAAUCUUCCAUAUCAGAUUCUGAAGCUAGGGAUAUUGAAAAGGGUGGUCCCUCGGCCUUCAAACCUGAUGUUAAAUUUGCUCCCUAUCGCAUUUUCUCGGGACGUCCAGAUAUCAACAGGAUCAUGGCUGCAUCUGUUGCGACCGUCGCCAAUGAAAGCCUGGAUAAUCGUGUCAUAGUCGGAGUUUGCGGGCCCAUUGCAAUGACAAGUUCCACUCGCGAGGCUGUUUCUAAGAUCGCACGCGAGGACAUACUAUCUAUAACCCAAUACACCGAG